UGUAGUUGUACUAGUUUGUACUGUACAUUACUUGUUAAUUGAAAUUCCAACUUAGCAAACAAACAUGAGAUUGAAAAUUAUCAAAGUUUGUACGUUAGUCAUAUUGAUGGUUGUUUAUGCGGUAUCCGACAGUCUAUUGUCUGGACUACAACCUAUAAGGCACGAGCUACGUUUUACUAAAACUGAAGUGAAAUUAAAUGAAACCAUUGGGAAAACCCUUGAAGCUACAUUCAAACAAUAUUAUGACACACAAUAUGUUGAUUUACAUGUAGAAUUUUUUCGUACAGUAUCACCCAGCCACUUCAGCCUUGAAGUAAUUAGAUGUAAAGAAAACUUUAUAGAUUGCUACAAUAUUAGAACCUUGGACAUUGGUAACGCAUGUGGACACCUAACUACGAUUAUGAGUUUUGUAAAAACGUCUUAUAAAAACCGCGAGGUUAAAUGUCCAUUUGAUGGAGAACUUAUAAUAAAGAACAUAUCAAUCAACGUAGACACAGCAAUGGGCGUAUUUAUAUCACCAAUGGAUAAAUGGUGGGAAUAUUGUUACAAGGUUUAUGUGAAUUUUUAUAUUGCAGACGAAAAGGAUGCAGCAGGAUUGUUGCAUGCCUCGUACUGUUACUUGACUUUCAGAAGUCGAAACCGAAAGAAGUUGAAUCAGAAACCGUAAACUUAUGAAAAUCUAAUGGCUUAGAGCUGUCCGUGUUGUUUCUUCUUUUUUACCUAAACAAGCUCAAUCAAA